UACAGAGUGCGCGCUCCGAGGAGAGGCUGCUGCGCUGUUUGCGCCGCGCUCCCACUUCUGCAGGACUUUUUCGUCUGAUUUUAUUUUCCGAGAAAGAAGCAGAGGAGAAUGUCCACGGGUGAUGAUGAUUCAGUGGAAACUAAAGUUUGUGUCACGUGCAGCACCGACUCCGAGCGCGAGCUCCUGCUACGUUUCUCCGUCUGAACGCUCCUGAACGCGGACAGCGGGCUUUGUGCAGCCUCAAGUCCCUCCUCUUCCGCGCCUGGCAGCACCCAACCUGUCCACAGGGCUCCCCGACACCGACUCCUCUCUGGCCUCCGUCAUGGAUGUGUUCAAGAGCCGACUUUUGGGAAUUUCCGUGGCCGUGGCGCACGGCGUGUUCUCGGGCUCCCUGAACAUCCUGCUGAAGUUCCUCAUCAGUAAUUAUCACUUCGGUUUCCUCACGCUUAUACAGUUUCUGACCAGCAGCACCGCAAUGAUCACCCUGGAGACCCUCAGGCGGCUGGGGAAGGUCGAGAUCCCCCCGUUCAGCCUGCAGCUCGCCAAGGAGUUUGCCUCAGUGUGUAUCCUCUCCACGCUGCAGUCCACGCUCACGCUGUGGUCUCUGCGCGGCCUCAGCCUGCCCAUGUACGUCGUGUUCAAGCGCUGCCUGCCACUCUUCACGCUCAGCAUUGGCGUGUGCGUGCUCAGGAACGGCGUGCCGUCUGUCGGGGUGGUGACCGCUGUGCUCAUCACCACCGGGGGAGCUGCGCUAGCUGGUGCCGGUGAUCUCACAGGUGAUCCCUUUGGUUACGUCACCGGUGUUUUAGCCGUCAUCAUCCAUGCCUCCUACUUGGUUCUGAUCCAGAAAACCAGUCUGGACAGCGAGUAUGGACCGCUUACCGCACAGUACGCCAUCGCCAUCAUGGCCUCACCGGUGCUGCUGGUGUGCUCCUUCAUUUCUAUGGAUGCCAUCAACAUUUGGUCAUACAAGGGCUGGACGGACCCUCACAUCACGGUCAUCUUCAUCUUCUGCAUCUUCAUUGGCUGUGCCAUGAACUUCACCACGCUGCACUGCACCUACAUCAACUCAGCUGUCACCACCAGCUUCGUUGGUGUGGUCAAGAGCAUCGCCACCAUCACCGUCGGUAUGUUGGCCUUCAGUGACGUUGCACCCACCAGUCUUUUCAUUGGCGGUGUGGUGGUGAACACCAUCGGCUCCAUCACCUACUGUGUGGUUAAAUACUACGAGACAAAGAAGAAGAGCUCGUACGAGGACCUGGAGGAGGCGGGAAAGGACAACGGGCUGCCGGGCAAGCCUUACAGAGAGAAACCUCCGCUGGACGGGAGCGGUCCCACUACAGGACCUGAUCCAGAGCAGCCAGAGACAGAAGGAGUGCCGAGCAGUGACGACAAGGAGGAGGCAGCAGCCACGGCCCAUUUGGCUAACGGACAGUUGUGGACGGGAGAAGGUGAGAAAGGUGUCAAUUCUCAUGUCAUGACAGAAAAAGAGGCACUGGAGAUGCAGAGGGAGCACCUCCACAAAGAGAACACCACUGCUGCCACGUCACUCAGUGAUAGCUAUGUCGGAGUGUGGAGGUCCAUCAGACAUCUGCAGUUCCUAAAGAAAGACCCCUUGAUCGAAAACAUGGAGCAGCAAAGUCCGUGAGGGUGGGACUAAGAGCCGAACUAAAAAAAAAAAAAAAAGGAAAUUAAUAAAACGUCAAGGAAACCAGAGAAGAAGAAAAUGACUGAACCUCUACUGUAUGUAUGCCAGGAACCUCUUAGUGCUUACUGAAUGCUCGUUGGUCGUGUUCACUGCUGUUGCUUCAAUUACCUCGACGAGAUCUUUUGUGCCAAAAACUCUGUUUCAUCACACAGAAGUCUGAGUGCUUUAUUUCUUUGUUGUUUAUGAGUGAAAAGAGGUUUCUGGUGGAGAAAAGUGGAUGAAGAGCUUUGGGCAGAGCUGCCCGUCAGUGAUAAAUCCUGCCUCUCGUGUCCCUCGGCUCAGCGGUGGGGUGGUUGGGGCUAGGCAGCGUGAUGUGGAUUGCGUCUCCAGCUUGCAGAACAAGAGCAAGCCUUGUAGAAAAAGAGUGCAUCUUGUGCAAACUUGAAAAUCACACCCAUCAGGGAGGAGCUGAACACAACAAAAGGUUUCUGUUUUGUGCUUUGAUCUUGUUUCUGAUUGGCUGUGGGCAUGCGAGCGACUCUAUGGCUGUGAUCACUCCGGGUUUCUUUGAGUUCGUCCAGCUCAAACUCUGCAGGUCUACGGUCACAUUUUACUGCUGGUUUCCUGUUUCUGUGUUUACUUUAGCAACAUUAAGUGAAAUAAUAAUCCU